GAUCGGAGUGUUUUGCGUGGGCGGUGUGGGAAGCGACGCGUUAAUGCGCGGUGGAGGAUCGGACGCAACGCGCUCUUACCCUUUGGCCGACUUCCCCUUCCCCUCGACCGGAAGUUCCCCGCCGAGAGGCGAAUUUGGCGCGGAAGACGCAUCCGGGAAGAAAGAAGAAUCUGGGGAUCGAUCGGCCAAAAGCCGGCGGCCGCCUCCGAUCGAAGGGAGCCGGGCGAGAUACUCUCGACGCGACGUUUGCGAGAAGAGAGGGCGCCUGCGCGAGAGUAAGAGGAAGAGGUCCAUUCCGCCAUAGGUUUGCGGUGGGUCCGCCAUGGCGACCGUCGUUUUUUUGCUGGUCGGUCUGGAAAUAACCGGAGCCGGAAACUCCCACCUGACCGAUUUUCCGUUGAACUUAACGGAAUCCAAUUCGCCUCCCACCGUUCCGACGACGAUCGCCGUCACCGGAAGAGAGACGAUUCCCGUCACUACUACGCCCGAGACGACUCGACCGGAAACGGAAACGACCACCCUCGCCGUCUCUUCCACCGAAGCCGUCACGUGGGAGCCGAUGCGGGAGUACAGAUUUCCAAUGUGGGAUAAGACGGGAAGAUUAUGUUUAUUGGCCGAAUUUCGUGCCACGUUUACCAUUUUCUACAAAAACCGUUUGGGUGACCAGAAAGUUGUGGUCCAUCUUCCUAAAAAUCCUCACGUGAAAGGCAUAUGUGCCAGUAAUUCGCAGAAUCCUAUUUUGCAAAUGUUUUGGUCGGAAUUUUCUUAUUCUCUUAUUUUUUCUAAGUUGCCACAUAGAGAUAAAGAGGAUGGAGAAUUCUGGGGAGUGAAGUCCAUGGAACUUACCUACGACAGUGCCGGACCGCUUUUUGGCGAUGCUUCGGAUGGUAAGAAACAUUUAUUAUUAAAGAAGGCGGUUAAGUACUUCGUUUCGUACUACAUUAAGUGACUUUUAAGCUUAUUU